CCUUCCUGGUCCGUGCACGCCGUGGCCCUGUGUGUGGGGGAAGGCUUGACUCUCGAAGUUCUCCGCAGUGCACGAAAGGAGACCGCAGCAAUGCCUGGGUUCUUAUUGGGAGACGUUUUUCCAAACUUUGAAGCGGAGACCACCAUCGGGAAGAUUAAGCUCCACGAUUUCCUCGGAAACUCAUGGGGUGUCCUGUUCUCCCACCCAAAGGACUUUACUCCUGUGUGCACCACUGAGUUGGCCUGUGCUGCUAAGAUUAGUGAUGAGUUUAAGAAACGGGGUGUCAAGAUGAUUGCUUUGUCCAUCGACAGUGUUGAGGACCACCGCAGUUGGAGUGAGGAUGUAAUGGCAUUCAACAGUGAGACGACGGGCAGCCCUCUUCCUUUCCCGAUCAUCGCCGACGACAAGAGAGAGUUAUCUUUGCAGCUGGGCAUGCUGGACCCCGACGAGAAGGACAAGGAUGGCGUGCCCCUCACUGCUCGCUGUGUGUUUGUGAUUGGUCCAGACAAGAGGCUGAAGCUGUCAAUCCUCUACCCAGCCACCACAGGAAGGAACUUUAAUGAGUUGCUCCGAGUUAUCGACUCUCUGCAACUCACUGCACAGAAGAAGGUUGCCACACCUGUGGACUGGAAGCCCGGUGACAAGGUCAUGGUUAUCCCCUCUCUGUCUGAUGCCGAGGCUGCCGCCCUCUUUCCCAGUGGUGUGACAACGAAAGAGGUGCCAUCUGGGAAGAAAUACCUGCGCUACACCCAGCCCUGAAGAGGCACACCACUGCACUCCUAUAGCAUUGUCCUCUAUAUGCUAACCAACAACUCUGCCCCUAGUAGUUCAUCACUAUUUUAUCAAUGAAUCUAUGGGUAAUACUUUCUCUAUGUAGAACUGAUAAACUGUAAUUGCACUUGUGUGAGCCUAUGACUACUAAUGUUUCCACUCGUUACACAUUCAGCAAGGAUUUGGAGGUUUAUAGUGAUGUAUAGUGCCUUACUUACACUGUUGCUGGAAUAAAAACUCUUUUGUAACA